AACAGCUGACAGGGCAGCUAGAAGAUAACAAAGGCGGAGUACGUCUUCUGGUGGUAACAGAAAGGUUAUAUCUUUCUUGUUCCUUGCAAUAAUAAAAUAGUUUUCUACUUUACUUGAAAGAGUUUUGAAAAAGUGAGGAAAUGUCGAAAGCUGUUGCCCCACCUCAAGACCUUCCACCUCCAGGUGGAUUUGGUAAAGUUUCAUACGAGAAAGUACCCCACAGGACAUUCUUCAAUGGAUCACGUAUUGCCUUAACCGCUUUUGUUUCCUAUGCCGUUGGCAGUGUUUUAUACACAAUGUCGUGUCAAAGGUUGAAGAAAAUUUAUUUGGAGCAGAAAAGUGGUCAGAUUGCAACCCAACCCUUCCUUCUGGCUGAACGUGAUCGACAGCUUUUGAGACAGAUGAGGAGGAAUCGUGAUGCUGAGGCAGAGUUGAUGAAGGAUGUCGAAGGAUGGGAGGUUGGAACCUUGUAUGGUACUCCUGUAUUCAGCACUCUUGGAGAGAAUGAGUGGGUUGAGUAUUCUGCUCAAUCAUACUAUGCCCAUGCAGAUCCUCAGGACCGUAUGGAGUAUGAGAACUCAUCCCACUGGCUGUGAAUGUACCAUCUAGUUCAUUGGUACCUUGUAUAUUUCCUUGUAAAGAUAGACAUGUAAUAAUUUGAAUAGAACUUGUGACUAUUGCGAAAUAAAUGGGUUCUAAAAACA